AUGGCUUCCCACCCAUCGUCGCCGCUGCCGGAACACCCUAUACCACCCGCUCCCACCACCAUAAGUGACCUCGGCGACGACCAGCUCCAAGAGAUCCUCAUCCGCCUUCCGGACCUCCCCAGCCUCGCCUCUGCCGCCUUCACCUGCCACGCCUUCCUCGGCGCCGUCCGCUCGUCCCGCGCCUUCCGCCGCCGCUUCAUCGCGCUCCACGCGGCCCCGCUCCUCCCUCGCUUCCUCUCACACACAAUAACUGCCUUCCCGGCCUUACGGCGCUCCUCCGCCAGAUUCACUCCACUCAAAGACGAUGACACUUCCGAGUGGGUGGUCAAUUUCUCCGAUCCUUCGAUUGCCUACAACGGCUCCGUCGCCAUCAAACACCGGAGCACCAUGCAGGGAGUUUGGUACAACCCCCAAAUGAUGGCCCUGUUUCUCCGCCCCAAGGAGCACCACGACUUGCCCGACGGCACCAUCCUUCGGUUCCACACAUUCUCCUCCGAAGAUGAUCAGAGGCCGUCCCGUGUGGUAUGUGUCCGUCACGACUACUCACGGCCUUGCGCGCGCGUUGCUGUCUUCUCAUCGGACACCAUGGAGUGGCAGCUUUUCCCGGAGAUCGCGACGCUGCCGCCUCAGGGCUUCAGGAGCACAGCUAGCACCGUGCUGGAUGGGUUUAUAUGUUGGCAAUGCGAGUCCAUUAACGGGGUGGCUAUCAGCGAGUACAUUUUCGUGCUCAACACAGACACAUUUCAGUUCUCUCGAAUGGAUCUGCCGCCGCCCUUGAGAAAGGUACGUCAAACAUUUCAGAUUGGUCAGAUCAAUGAUGGGAAGCUCUGUAUCGUAAAUGAGAAGGAAUGCACGUUUAGCCUUUGGAUCUGGACAGCCAGCGAUGACGGCAUUGAGAGAUUUGUGCUGCACAAGACGUUCCCGUUGUACACUCGCUUUAUGGAUGUCACCAACUGUUCAGUGAAAGAUACAAUCUCAGUGCGGCUUAUGACGGUUUUCAAUGGCUUUUUGUACUUUGCAAUUCGCCCAUGGAGAAAUUACGUGCAUCAGUUCAAAUCCCCUGAGUGGUUCCUGUCCUUGUCUCUGGAAACAGGGGAGCUGAAGCAGCAUCUUAAGAAUAGAAAGCAGCCUAUCUUCCCAGUCCAUCCCUACUCGGUCUGGCCUCCUUUUAUGGAAUACAUCUCGGAGGAUUCAAAAUCUGAGGUUACUGGAAACAGUGUCGAAGAUGGUUCUGAGAUCACAGGAAAGGAGUCGUUUGUCCUUAUAAAAGCAUUACGAUCAUAUAAAGAAGCUUUGAUAAAGGAUGGCGCAAAUGUUGCCGAGAUAGAGGCCUUCUCGCUUUGCAUUGACAUUGAGGACGAGAAGAACUCUCUUGUGAGGAAAAUCAUGGCUUUAGAUGAACUGUUAAGAACUGUGAGAGAUCGUGUCUUGAGGGCGGGUGCAGACCCUGAACUCGCAGACUGUGAAUUCUACAGACAGAAGAUCAAACCAGAGAGCUGGUGGAAAAUGUGCAAGGGAAAGUUAUGGAGAGGUUUCUGCGCUAGCUGA